CGAGUAGGCCUCGGAAGAAGCCGGUUGCUUAGCAACCGGCAGGCGUCUCUUGAAUCUGGGAUCCGCUUUCUGUCCUGGGAAAGGCGGGUUCCCGGGGCCGCUUGGGAUGGAGAGGGAGUCGAUCUCUCAUGGAUAAACCAUAAAAGAGAUAACUAUGGAGGAGGAAUUUUUAGAAUACCUUGUCUGUGUUUCUGAAAAACUACUACUUGAAUAUGGCGAAACUGCUGAUGAAAGAGAUGAAAAGAAACUGAGAAAUCUGGUUAUGGUUAGACUGCAUGCACACUACCUAUAUGAUCUGCGAAGCAUGCCAUAUUGUGUUUCACUCAAAAUAUGUGAUUUGUCUUGUAAUUUCCUUACAAAUAUUGAUGCACUUGAAUAUUGCAUUAAUUUAAUUAAAUUGGAUCUCCAUAAUAAUCAUCUAGAAUUACUUCCUGGUCCAAUGUUUUGGAGAUAUAUGAAGAAUUUACAAUUAUUAUAUCUACAUGACAACGGAAUUUCAACACUGGAAGAUGUGCAUUCAUUAUCUUUUUGCCCUGAUCUUAUCGCACUCACUUUAUAUAACACUCCACUGUGUUUGAAAAUUGCCUAUAGACACAUUGUUGUUAACAGCAUUUUUUCACUCAAGGCACUAGACUACUAUGUCAUUUCUGAUGAAGAAAUAACUGAAGGUUGGAGACUAACUGAAAAAUUCAAACCAUUUACGCUGGACUUUUUUGUUGACUAUUACCCUCUUUCUGGAAAGGAUACUAAUUUUCAGGAAGAAAUGAAAAUAGUAAGAAAUAUAAUUUCCAAGAUCAAUCAUGUUCUAGUUCAUCAUUCACCAAUCUUGAUUAUCCAGAGAUGGAUUAGAGGAUAUUUAAGUAGAAAAACAUGGUGCGUGAGUCCUAUAUCUGAUGUUCUGUGGUAUAACCGUUACACCAGAGGUAGAAAAAAGCAUGUAACUUCUGUGGACAAUAAAACCCCUGUCUCUGAAACUCUUAAGCAAGAACAGCCUACAAUAUACAAGAGAGGUACACCUGCAAUCCAAAUUAUAGACAUGAACAAUCUUAAAGAAUUUCGUUUAACUUUAAGAAAAUUAAAAUAUCCUGUUAUCAGACUGGAAGAAAAGAAAAAGAAGGAAUCAAUGUCAACAAAGAAGGAUUUCACACAGAGAGAGAAAACUGUCAUGAAGAUGGCAAGAAAGUCUACAUUUAAACUUUCAGGAUCUAAAAUGCCUUUUUAUUCACCGAAUGAACAUCGGAAAAUGUACAAAGAGAAAGAGAGAGAAUUUUUUGAUACUGCUCAUGAUAUGCGUAACAUCACACAUCCUGUACCACCAACUUUGCCAAUAUAUGAACCUGGCAGCCUUGAAAAAAGAGUCUUUGCUAAAGCAUAUGGAAAUGUAAGACUUCACCCUUUAUAUGCCAUUGAACAAGCAUAUUGGCAAAGUCGUAAGUUGGAUCUGCAAGCUAAGAAGGAACGAGAUGUGAUGCGGGUGUUAAUUGCUAACAGCGAAGCUAAAGAAUAUUUACAUCAUUUACGAGAAGAAAAAAUAGACAAUAUUCAGAGGAAUUAUGAAAAGAAAAAGAUGAUGGAUACAGAUCAUGUUAAAAAGUCCAAAGAGGGAAAAUCCAAGCUCAUUGUUAGGAUGAGAAAAAAAUAUAAUACUUUUUUAGAAAAGAAGGAAGGAAAGCUAAUAGAAAACUCAUUCAUUCAGCGCUUUAGCACUCAACAUACUUCUUUGACUAGAGGUUUAUUAAAACUUGAUGGGUGGAGAAGAAACUUGGAACUCCAAAAUGAAAGAAAAAAAGUUCAUAAAGAAAUGAGAAAAGAACAAAAAGAGCGAAAAGAGAUGUAUGAACAUUUUCAGGAGGAAAGGCAACAUAUGUUACAAAAACAAAAUAUAAAAGAGAAAAUGUUUAGGAAAUAUGUGACGCAGGUAAUAGCAAAGGAGAGAUUUGAACAAUCCAAAGCAAAAUUUAAAGCCGUGAAGGAACCUCAUGUAAAAAUAUUGUAUUCAUUACCAGUCAUUGGCAGUUCGAGCACUGCAAAGCCUGUUGCAGAGUUACGAUAGUUAAGAAGAUGCAAUAUAACAAGGAUGAACACAAAGGGAGUAAAAAUGUAGCUGAUUUUUAAAGAUCCGAUUUGGUUUAAAGAUCGACCAGCAAGCUAUGAUGAAUUGUGGUAGUUACCUACGGGAAGUAUUUAAUUCAGAGUCCAUCUGAAGAAUGGAAUUUGAAAGAUCCUUUGCUUUCAGGAGAGAGUAUUUAAAUAACUGAAAUAUACCUUCUUUUUUUGUCUUUUUCCAGACUGCAACAUUCUAUGAGCUUAUGCUACUUCAACAGUGUGUUUCUUACGUGCAAUGAUAGCUUCCAUGCAAUGAAUUGUCGAUGUGAAAAGGAACUGGUCACAAAUUAGAGCUUUCUACUACAAUUCAAGGCAGAAUAGGCAUGUGUGUGCAUAACACGUAACAAUGUACACCUCUUCCUUUCACAAAAGCACACUUCCUUUCACACACUCUAAAAUAUAUGCCCUGUUUUGAAACUGAAGGCAAUGUUCUGGCUGCCAGAAAGUCAAUAAAUGCUUAAAAAUCCUGUCAUCUACAAAUAUUGUGUACAAACAGAUUUGUACCUCUUAGAUCACAAUCCCAGUCACCUCAGAAUCAAUGGCUAAUAAACACAGUCACACAACGAAAAUCCAAGGUCUACCUCAUAAGAUUGGCUUCCCUGCAAGGAAAGAG